UUUGAAUUUGAUUUAAAAAAAAUUAUUGCUUUAUCAACUCUUAGACAAAUAGGAUUGAUAAUGAGAAUUCUUUCUAUAGGAUUUUAUAAGUUAGCUAUAAUUUAUUUAUUAACUCAUGCAUUAUUUAAAGCUUUUUUAUUUAUAUGUGCAGGUGCUAUUAUUCAUAAUAUAAAUAAUUCUCAAGAUAUUCGUUUAAUAGGGGGCUUAAGAAUUCACAUACCAUUAACUUCUGCUUGUUUUAAUAUUUCUAAUUUAGCUUUAUGUGGCAUACCUUUUUUAGCUGGAUUUUAUUCAAAAGAUAUAAUUUUAGAAAUUGUUGUAAUUAGUAAUAUUAAUUUAUUUUCAUUUUUUUUAUUCUUUUUUUCUACAGGUUUAACUGUUAGUUAUUCUUUUCGGUUAGUUUAUUAUUCAAUAACUGGUGAUUUAAAUUGUGGUAGUUUAAAUAUAUUAAAUGAUGAAAGAUGAAUCAUAUUGCGAGGUAUAAUAGGGUUAUUAAUUAUAAGAAUUAUUGGGGGUAGAAUAUUAAAUUGAUUAAUUUUUCCUUAUCCAUAUAUAAUUUGUUUACCUUUAUCAAUAAAAUUAUUAACAUUAUUUGUUUGUAUUUUUGGUGGGCUAUUAGGUUAUUUAAUUUCUUUAACUAAGUUAUAUAGUUUAAAUAAAUCUUUUAUUUUUUAUAAUUUUUCAACAUUUUUGGGAUCAAUAUGAUUUAUGCCAUAUAUUAGAACUUAUGGAAUAAUUUUUUAUCCAUUAAAUUAUGGUCAAAUUGUUGUAAAAAGUUUUGAUCAGGGGUGAUCAGAAUAUUUUGGUGGUCAACAUUUAUAUCAAAAAUUAGUUAAUUAUUCUCAAAUUUUAUUUUUAAUACA